CCAACCAUUCCUUCACAUCAGGUGCUCGCACGUGCUGGUCUUUGGUUUGGUAAGGGCCAAAUCGAAAACCCCAGCCUCUCGGAGAAAAACCCUAGCCGCGCCUUCUUCCCUCUCGUCUUCUCUCUCGGCCCCGCGCUCUCUUCUGAUCGCAUUCGGACGAGGGAGGUGUGAUCCAAGAUGAAGUUUAAUAUCGCGAAUCCUACUACUGGGUGCCAGAAGAAACUUGAGAUCGAUGAUGACCAGAAACUUCGGGCCUUUUUCGACAAGAGGAUUUCUCAGGAAGUUAGUGGAGAUGCUCUCGGAGAGGAGUUCAAGGGCUAUGUUUUUAAAAUCAUGGGAGGAUGUGACAAACAAGGGUUUCCCAUGAAGCAGGGAGUACUAACUCCUGGUCGUGUCCGCCUGUUGCUGCAUAGAGGUACACCAUGCUUCCGUGGAUAUGGCAGGCGUAAUGGUGAACGCAGGAGGAAAUCUGUUCGUGGUUGUAUUGUCAGUCCUGAUCUCUCAGUUUUGAAUUUGGUGAUUGUUAAGAAAGGUGAGAAUGAUCUUCCUGGUUUGACGGAUAUUGAGAAACCAAGAAUGAGAGGGCCAAAGAGGGCCUCGAAGAUACGGAAGUUAUUCAACCUUUCCAAGGAGGAUGAUGUCCGCAAGUAUGUCAACACAUACCGCCGAACCUUUACCACGAAAUCAGGAAAGAAGUGCAGCAAGGCGCCCAAGAUUCAGAGGCUGGUAACUCCCUUGACCCUGCAAAGGAAGCGAGCCAGGAUCGCCGAGAAGAAGAAGAGGAUUGCGAAGGCCAAGGCUGAAGCUGCCGAAUACCAGAAGCUCCUUGCCACCAGGCUCAAGGAGCAACGCGAGCGCAGGAGUGAGAGCUUGGCGAAGAGAAGAUCUAAGCUCUCUGCUGCCUCCAAGCCAUCGGUUGCAGCCUAAAAAAGAUUUAUUUUGAUUGAAGGAAAACAGUAUUUAAAUGAUUGAGUGUUUCCAUCUAUUUGAGAUGAAUUUUGUCUUUCCGCCGGUUAUCUUAGACUUUUGGAUUUUGCAUUGGAUUGAAAUAUGUGCCUUUAAUAUUGAGUUAUGGACUCGAAAAACUAUUUUCAGGUAUAUUGGGUUAUUCCAGUUUGUGCUA